AUGGGGGCCAGCGGCGCCCCAUCCAGGGCCGCCGGCACCGUGUUCGGGGCGCUCGCGUCCCGAGCGGUGCAGGCCGCGGACUCGUCGGUUCACGUGGUUGUGGGACUGGCCGGCGACUUCCAGGACGACGUGGCCCCGGGGGCCUUGGGGCAGAACCUCACCUCGAGCAACUGCGUGCUGCCGGGGGCCACCAGCAGCUCCAGGCUUCUAGAGUUUGCCGAGUGGUGCAACACCAGCUCCCCGGAAGCCCUGGGCAGGGCUGCGUUCCUCUCCGAGCUGGCGGCCAUGCAGGCGGGCCUCGACGAGCUGGACCUGCCGGACAGGGCGCUGGCCGCAGACCUGCUGGCCGCCGCGUUCGUGGAGCCGCCGCAGAUCUUGGGCCUCCCCGACGGGGCGCUGAAGGCCGAGCUGCAGGCCUGGCAGGCCGUCUGCAAGGCCUGCCGGCCCGUCGGCAGACCAGCGCAGUACAUCUCGUACAGGGACCUGCCCACCAGCGCGGGCGAGCUGCAGCGGCGCACGGACGCGGCCGUGGUGCUGCUGCAGACGGCGGCGCUCCAGAGCGCCAUCGCCGUGGGGCGCGCCAUCGGGGCCUGGAGGUCUUCGGGUGCCCCCCGUGACGCCUCCUUCGGCAACAACAGCGUGCUCUGGGGAGACAGGCGAGCCAGCGGCAUGGGCGACACCAACACCGAGAUGCUGGUGCAGCACCUGGACGGGGCCCGGAAGUCGAUGUUCUCCCCCGACUCCCGCUCGCGGGCCAGGACGUCUUCGUUCAACCCCUCGAUCAGCCUCCCCGACUUUCUCCAGGAGUGCAUCCAGGUCUCCGCAGACUUCGAGCAACGCAGAGCUGCGGUGAUGGAGGCUCUGAUCAGAAGAUGCCCUGUCGCUGACAGCUCCGCCGAUUCGUCGCUGUGCCACUACGCGAAGUGGGUGCCAGGACAGCGGCGCGUCUUCUCGUCGGAGGCUCACGACGGCGGGUCAUUCGAGUCGUGGGGCGCCGAGGUGUUUGCCAGCCUGGACGGCGGCGCGCUGACGCACCCGAAGGAGCUCAUCCGGUCUCUGGGGCACGGCGCCCCGCCCUAUACGGAGAUGUCGACCAACUCCAAGUCGGGAGAGUUCUUCUUCUUCUCUGGCGACCGGCGCUUUCUUAUCUCACGAUAA